AGAAUAGUAUUUAAUGUUAAAACCAAAUAUCCUUCAUUUUCAUAGUUUAAGGAGGUUCCUUUGAGAGACAAAAACUAUGUUCCUAUUGUCCUUGUCUUAUGUCUCUAUUCUUCUUCACAUGGGUUUUAAGGAUUUCUGCCUCUGAAGUUUCCAAGAAUUGAGCCUUGACUAUAAGAGCGGUUGAGUGAUGGAAGAAAAAGGUGGAGUAGUAACUAAAGUGGAAGGCCUAAGUGCUUUGAAUCCAUUAAACUCUUCCACAAUUGCAGUAGCUAUUAAUGGUAAGAGAAAAAGCAAAUAUGUAGUGAGCUGGGCAUUGAACAAAUUUGUUCCUGAAGGAAAGGUUUGCUUCAAGCUGUUACAUGUCCGGCCGUGCAUAACUGGUGUGCCAACCCCAAUGGGAAACUCUAUACCUAUUUCACAAGUGCGGGAUGAUGUAGUGGCUGCUUUCCGAAAGGAUGUCGAAUGGCAAACAAGUGAAAAGCUGCAUCCUUACAAGAUGUUAUGCACUAAACGAAAGGUCCUAGUAGAAGUUUUACAACUCGAAUCAGAUGAUAUCGCGAAAGCAAUAGCGGAGGAAGUCUCCAAGCUUAACAUCACCAAGCUUGUCAUAGGUGCUUCAUCUCGUAGCAUCUUUUCUAGGGGACAAAGCUUAUCCUCAAGAAUCUCAGACAGUAUUCCAAGCUUUUGUACAAUCUAUGCUGUUUCAAGAGGAAAGUUGUUAUCUAUACGUCCUUCUAAUUCAGAGAUAAAUGCAAGCAGUUGGACUGAAGAUAGUAACACAAACUUCUCAAUCAGCAGUUCAACAGGCCUUUCUUCCAGUUUACUAACAGAAAAGUCAGACCUGGACUCAAGUUCUUCGUACAGUCAAUUCCGUUCUCCUUCACUGCCAAUGCAAAGAUUUCAAGCUCUUUCAAAUAUUAAUCAGAACUUUCCUAAUAGAAGAGCAAUCUCAAAUGAAACCGUUCACCAUAAGAACUAUUCUCUUGAUUUUGGAGACAGCGAGGACGAUGUCAGUUAUUGUCCCCAGAGAUCAUUUCUUAGUGAAAGGAAUAACCUUACUUCUAGUUUUAGGAGCUUAGUAACAGAGUUUUAUUCAACGGCAGAUGAUCAAGCUUCCACCUCAGGGGCUCCAACAGAUUUAUCAUUGAGAAAUGAGGCGGAUAUCAAUUUUGAGCUAGAGAAGCUAAGAACUGAACUAAGACAUACUCAAGGAAUGUAUGCAGUUGCACAAACUGAAGUGCUUGAUGCUUCUAGGAAGAUGAAUGAGCUUCAAAACCGCCGGUUGGAGGAAGAAAUUAAACUCCGGGAAAUUAGUUUAAAGGAGGAAGAAGCAAAAGAUUUGGUACGAAAAGAGAAUGAGGAGUACGAAGCUGCAAAAAGAGAAGCUGAUUAUGUGAAGGACUGUGCUGAAAGAGAGGCUGCACAAAGAAAAGAAGCAGAACUAUUAGCCUUACGUGAGGCAAAAGAAAAAGACAAGCUUGAAAAUGCCUUGACAGAUCAGGCACAUCAGUACCAGGAAUUUACUUGGGAAGAAAUCGUAUCUUCCACCUCUUCAUUUGCUGAAAAUCUUAAAAUUGGUAUGGGCGGAUAUGGAACCGUUUAUAAGUGCAGCUUGCGUCAUACUACAGUCGCCGUCAAAGUUCUUCACUCCAAGGGAUCUGACCUGACGAAGCAGUUUCAGCAAGAGCUGAAAAUAUUGAGCAAAAUUCGUCAUCAACACUUGUUAAUCCUUCUUGGCGUGUGCCCUGAUCGUGGUUGCUUAGUGUAUGAGUUCAUGGAAAAUGGUAGCUUAGAGGAGAGGCUGUUCAGGAAACAUGAUACACCUCCAAUUCCAUGGUUUGAUAGAUAUCGAAUUGCAUGGGAAGUGGCCUCUGCGCUCGCCUUUCUUCACAACUCCAAGCCAGAUCCAAUUAUUCAUCGUGAUCUAAAGCCAGCUAACAUAUUGCUUGAUCGUAAUUUUGUUAGUAAAAUUGGCGAUGUUGGCCUGUCAACCAUGAUAAAUUCAGAAGCUGCAUUAUCCACCAUUUACAGAGAUACAGGUCCUGUGGGAACACUUUGCUACAUCGACCCUGAGUACCAAAGGACCGGAAUGAUCUCUCCAAAAUCUGACGUUUAUGCAUUUGGGAUGGUUCUCUUGCAGUUGUUAACAGCAAAAGCAGCAAUGGGACUUCCCCACAUUGUUGAAACAGCAAUCGAUAAGGAUAGUCUAACUAAGGUACUAGAUUCAAAGGCUGGUGAAUGGCCAUUAGAAGAGACAAAGAAACUAGCAGCGCUAGCACUUAAAUGCACAGAGAUCUCUCGAAGAGACAGGCCCGAUUUGAAAGACGAAAUUCUCCCUGCGUUGAAGAGAUUGAAAGUGGUUGCUGAUAAGGCUCGAGAUUCUGCCUCCACUACCCGGCCUCCUCCCCCUACCUACUACUUGUGCCCUUUACUCAAGGAUGUAAUGGAGGAACCUUGUGUGGCAGCUGAUGGGUAUACUUAUGACAGGAAGGCGAUAGAAACAUGGCUAAAGGAGAACGAUAUAUCACCUAUGACAAACCUACCGUUACCUCAUAAGAACCUUCUACCAAAUUAUGCACUGCUUUCUGCAAUUCUGGACUGGAAAUCAAGAAAGGAUGGAAAUAUUUAGAUUGUUUAGAUAGAUCUUUUUUAGAUUUAUAGUCUAGUUUAACAUAGCUUAUCAAAUAUAUGUGCCUUAAUGGCUUUACACAAUCAAUCAGCCAUUAGAUUUCGAUGUUUCUUAGUAAGUGAUAAGUGUGAGAUUGAGUAAACAGUCCAAGAGUAUAGUCAUGUUAGAGUGAUAGAAAUAUGUGAGAAGGAAAGAAAAGAGUAGUGCAAGGAGAAGGAAAUAAGUUGCAUAUGACAAGUAUGUUAUAACAUGCAUCAGUCUUGAACUUGUGUAUGCAUCAGUGAAGUUGCAAUGGUCAUGUUAAGACCUCCUUAAUAUUAAACAUAGUGUUUGCAUCUC